AGUGGGAGUGGUUAACACGGUUAGCGUUUUUUUUCUCUUGAUCGGCUCAGCGACGGUUUUUUGUUUUUUAUUUGACGAUGGCGUCCAACGGUUCGACAAUUGUUCCGGCGGAUUUGUACAGACAUUUCUUUGAAACUUUUCAAUCGACAGUUAAUUUAAAUGACCCUCUACCAGUGAAAGUUGGUUCGCAUAGCAUCCGAGAGAAUGAAGUCGAUGGGGAAAUCGUCGAUUGGACUCUUCAGUACCUUCAGCAAAAAAAUUGCCCUUCUAAACUGCUUGCCCAUCUUGUAAGUCUUAUAUUGUGGGAAGUACGCUUUUGUAUAAGCAAAGAUGAUGUUGAUGGUGCUGUGAACAGAGAUGUAAAAGGAUAUGAACCUGUGAAGCUAAUGCAGCUAGUGACAUCGAAAAUCAACAAUGUCUGUUUUGAAUUCCUGAACAACCAAAAGUUUGAGAGUCUUUGCACCGAAUUAUCAUUCAGCAACAGACAGCUUCACCCAGUAUCUGUUCAUGCAAUCAGAAAUGGCAGGAGAAAAAUGGAAGAUAGGCAUGUAGUCAUUCAAGACCUGAACACAAUUUGUUCCAUCAGGGAUGAUGUGCCCACAAGCUACUAUGCGGUAUUUGAUGGACACGCGGGUACAGACGCCGCAUUUUAUGCAGCCUCUCAGCUUCACGAAAAGUUGGUUUCGAACGCCAAAUUUGCCUCGGAGCCGAGUGAAGCCUUAAGAGAAGCCUUUUUAGCCACUGACUUGGCGUUUGUUACAGAACAUGAAAAUGAGAGAUUGAAAGGUGGAUCGACAGCGGUGGUCAGCUUGAUUAGGGGAAACUUACUUCUAACGGCUUGGUUGGGAGAUUCUCAGGCUGUUUUGGUAAAAGAUGGCGUCGCCACUCAGUUGGUCAAUCCACACAAACCGGAUCGAAGUGACGAAAAGGAAAGGAUCUCAAAUCUUGGUGGUGAAGUGAUUUUCUGGGAUGGGGCCUACCGCGUUAACGGACAACUGGCUGUGUCUCGAGCCAUCGGCGAUGCCAGUUACAAGCCUUACGUGACGGCCGAGCCAGACAUGGUGGCCAUCACGUUGGAUGGCCAAGAAGACUUCUUGAUUAUUGGUUGUGACGGCCUCUGGGACACGAUCGGCGUGGAUGAAUCCGCUUUCAUUGUGCUCCAAUACUUACACCACGAGACUGACAUAAGCGGACUUAGUGGCCGGUUGGUGCAGGCCGCCAAACAGAAAGGCUCUAGCGAUAACAUCAGCGUUAUUGUCGUCUUCUUCCGUGAACCGGAACUGAUUGCGCGCCGGCCGCUCCCACCCGCGCCGACCUCUGUCCUGGAAGACAACACACCCAGCAUGGAACAACAGCAAGAGGAAUACGAGAAAUUGGCCGCCAAAUGGGGAUGGAAUGAGUCGCAAGGUGGCGCCGUCUUUGCCGAUGGAACGUCAUCGUGGCAGCAACAGCAGCAGCCGGACGAGGAAGACGGACACCAUCAGCAGCCGCAAAAUCCGUUUGAUUCGAGCAGCGGCAAUCCGUUUGGAAACGGCGAUCAAGGCGGCCUGAUGAUGGCCGAAGAGGAGCAAGACAAUCAUUUCUACCAGGGAGCCCAUUCGUCGUCCGAAUUCGAUGCUGUCCAUUCGCCUUCCGAAUUCCACGCCAUCAAUUGGCAACAACAACAACAACAACAGCAACAAGAUCACGCCUUUGGCGAUUCGUUUAAUGGCAGCGAUUCGGCUGAAACGCCAGAAGUUUAUGAUGGAUCAACGGCUCAAUGGGGCUGGAAGGACCCGGAAAUCGAUGCUCUGGAAAUCGAGGCUGGUCGUGACUCGGCCGAGCAACCCCAACAUUUUGCCGCCACGUCCGUCGUUCCGCUACCCGAUGCAGGCAUCGAUUUGGACGUAGCCCGCGAUCAGUACGAGAAAGUUGCGGCCAAAUGGGGACGUGAGCUGGAACUAGUUGAUACCGACGUCGUGACUUUGGAGUCGAAAUCGGAUUUCCACUUGAGCAGUGAUGGAUCGACAUGGGACCAGACGCCUGGCAAUACCCAGCCGGCAGGUGUCGACUGGAACCAAUACGACGAAGAGCUCAGUGGCCAGCCUAGUCUGAUCUUUGUAGACCAAUCGGAAGAGACGGCAUCCACCGAGCAAGUCAUUAGUCCCAUCGAAGAUUUGAUUAGCGUCAGCGACAUGAACGGCCGUGCCAUAACCGAAGCCGAUCGUCAAAUGUGGGCGUCUGAGGAGAAUUCCGUCUCGUUCCCUCCAGUUACCGACCCAGUAGCCGAAGAUGAAAUGGUAGAGGAAGAAGAGGAUGACGAGGAGGAUGUGCAACAGGUUCAUCGCGAAAUGCAACAACCAGCCGCGGCCGUGUUCGAUGAUGGUUCGUUUGUGGACGAAGGCAUCGCCGGAGACGAAGCGGAUUUUGUUGUUAGCUCGUCGUGCAUCGUCGAAUCCGAUGUUGCUGAUUGUCAGCCAGAUAUCCUUGAAGCGACUGCAGCAACAGCAGAAGCAGCAACGACAGAGGCGGCUGUCAUUCCUGCAACAGAAAACGAUCCGGAUUUUCACUGGAAUCUACACGCCCCCGAAUUCGAAUUCCGCCCUACUGAGUCGUCGCCAUUGGAAAACCAACAACAGCAACAGACCGAAGUGGAAGCGGAGGCGGCGGCGGCGGCGACGGUGGUGAGCUCCACUGAGCGUAAACUCUCCGCUACAGAAUUGCUGAUUCGCUCGUCCAACGAUGCCGAGCUGGCCGUUCUUUUGGCUGCUGCUAACGACGACCCUGACGAAAUGGAACCUCAGGAGCUGAACAUUUCGCCUCGCUCCGACGCACUUGACGAUAUCCACAACGCGUCUAAUGCAAUUAACGAGUCGAAAGCAGACGGUACCGUUGACGAGGUGGAAGAUUCUGAGGACGAUUGGACUUUCAGUGAUUAUAGGCAACCAGAAACCACAAAGGAGGAAAGUGUCACCAACAUUGAAGCAGCAGAUACAAGCUCUGGGCUUGAAUUGGAAUCUGAAAGCAAGAUGGAUGAAACUUGCAUCCAAACCAAUUGCCAAGCUGGUGAUCUCGGCAAUCAACUGGAAAGGUUGACUGUUGAAGAUGUUGAACUGGAGAACACCAUUCCAGUUUCUGAGCAAGAAAAGGCUGUAGAAGUUGACACUGUUUCUCAAACUAUUGAAGUUGAGGAAGCUGAUGUUCCUCAGCCUACAGAAAUUGUUCCUCAGCCUACAGAAAUGGUUUCUCAGCCUACAGAAGUUGUUUCUCAGCCUACAGAAAUUGUUUCUCAGCCUACAGAAAUUGUUUCUCAGCCUACAGAAAUUGUUCCUGAGCCAUUGCAAAUUGUUUCUGAGCAAUUGCAAAUUGUUUCUGAGCCAAUGCAAAUUGUGUCUGAGCCAUUGCAAAUUGUUUCUGAGCCAUUGCAAAUUGUUUCUGAGCCUGAAGAAGCUGUUUCACAGCCAGUUGAAGUUGAAGAAGCUUAUGUUCCUCAAUUGAAAGAAGAAGAGACCCCAGCAGCCAUCCAACAGGUAGAAGAAACUCAAUCUACCGUCAUUUCGUCAACUGUUCAAGAACCUGAGCCAGCAGCCGCUGUUGUUGAAGCCGUUCCGGAAGUCAAAGAGGUGGAAGUGACCAGCACGGAGGAAACGAUUGAACCUCGACUUGUAGAGAGCCCAGUUUCCGACUCUGCUACAAUUGGUUCCGAAGUACCUGCUUUGGUUGUUACCGGAACUGCAAUCGGCGUUGCUACUGCGGCCGUUGCAGCAGCGAAAGCCAAGUCUCCUGCCGCUAAGAAACCUAUAGCAGCUGCAAAGAAGACUUCAACAACCACUGCGAAAUCGGCCUCCAGUCCAGCUGCCAAACCAGCUGCAAAGGAACCGGCCAAGAAACCGGAACCGACUACGCGCCGAGUUGCGACCACUGAAGCCAAAACUUCAUCGGCAGAUGCUGCUAAACCAGCGCGCCCGACCAAACUGUCCCCAUUGAGAAAGGCCACCCCAGCAGCACCGUCUUCAACGACUCCUUCCAAAACGACUAGCACGGCACCAAAGGCAGCUCCAGCAACUACUAGACCUGCUACCAAACCAAUAGUUUCCGCGGCAACAUCGACUGUUAAGAAGACGACCACCACCACUACAACGACCACGACUCGCACCGUUACCGCUGCCCCACCGAAGAGGGCCACAUCGGCAGUGAAUGGAACGUCCGCUGCAUCACCGUCGAAGACUUCAUCGCCGGCCAAACCAGCCGCGAGUACUUCAACGGCUCGUCCCGCGUCUGCCACCUCUUCCACGCCUACCCGCCGUGUCGUUUCCGCUCCUGCAAAAACUUCCAGUGCUCCUAGUCGCCCUGCCGCCACUUCGGCCGCUAAAACUGCUGCAGCUACUACCAAUGGCGAUAUAAAGCCAAAACCCACUGCUUCGGCGACUCGCACUCCGACCAAACCCAUUGCUAAUGGUACAGCCGCUACGAAAACCGCUGCUCCUAGACCCACCGCAGCCAGCACGAAAACUGCGGCCGCUAAGCCCGCCACCGCCCCAGCACGCCCGGCACCUCUGAAAAGUGUUGCAAGUAGAACUGCCACGCCUGGUAAGCCGAUCGCUAAGACGGCUGCUCCAUCCAAGCCUGGUGCCACCAAAACCGGUGCGGGAACUCCAUCUCGAGGAGGAACCAAAUUAGCGACUACCACUUCGACUGAAACAGCCACAACCGCAGCCACCCCUCCUCCUGUGCCAGCCGCAGACAUUAACGUAGAGGAAGUUAAAGAGUAAAAAGGAAAAAUAAUAAGUGUAUUUCAACUUUGGGAGAAUGGAGUAAAAAGAAGAAUAUUUGGGGAAAAAAAUUUAAACACACAAAAAAAAAUGAAAAAGAAAACGCCCAACCAUUUUAUAAUACCCCUCCACCCUUUGCCUGCUAUGUAAACCGCCCGUCUCUUUCAUUCGCUCAUGUUUCAUUGUCCGCCAGCUUUGAACGUCUCGUUUUUAAUUUUUUAUCACUUGCGAUUGCUAAAGGCAGAAAACAGCAAAAGAAAAACUUAGAAAAAAAAAAAAAAUUGAAAUAGUUGAAUCCGAGCCGAAGGAGAGGAAGAAAGAAAGAAAAAAAACGAACAAUUUGUACGAGGAAAUGGAGAACGCCACGUGGAAUUUUGUGAUUGCGGGCCCUCCUUUUGUAAAGAUAAUAAGUGAGAGAUUCAAGAAUCAUCAAUCAUAUUUUUCCUGCGUGUGUAAGCGUGAGUGAGAGCGUGUGCGUGAGUUCAUGUACUAUUACCCAGUCGAAUCCCCUUUCCCACAUCUAAUUUCUUUGGCAACAUACACAACGUCGACAAUGUGUGAGGACUGAAAAGCCUCGUAACCCCUCCCAAUGGCUAAAUAUUACUGCCGCACGCCCCAUCCACCCACCAACGCUCUUUCGGCUAAUAUUCACCUGUUUUAUUAACUGUACGUGUCAAAGUCAUGAAAAACAACAGAAAAAACAAAAAUAUUGUCUAUUCGUUUUCCCCCUAUUGCUCGAUUCCACUUUCAUUUUGUCUUUUGUUUAUUCGUGGGGUUUCAUGAUUUUCUCUAUCACAUUCGCCACGCACAGCAAUGGUUUGCCUUUGCUUUUCUUUUUUAUUUUAAUUUUUCUUUUUGUUGUUGAUGAUAGUCAUGCCAAUGCCCAGCCGAGGUGAUUGUGUCCACUGCUGCCCCUCUCGUUCUUCUUACAGCCUGAUGGUAGUUAAUUUAAGGUACUGAUUGCGCUUAAGUUUUUGUCGAUUUUUUUUACUGGAUGAGUUUCUGUUUUUAUACUUAUGAGGUAAUUGUGUCUCCACGUUUUCUUUCCAUAUUUUCUUUUGAUUCAAAUCUUUUCACGGUCUGUCAUCCAACGCAGAAGUGGAGUUACAAUAUUGUAGCGCAAAUAAAUUGAACAGCAAUGGG